AUGCCCAGCGAGCCGGGUCCAUACAUAGGGGCCAGAUACCGACGAAUCCCCCAGCACCCCUUCUUACCAACACCAUAUCCUGGCGCUAAGGUGGGUCUGGCUUGUCCAGACUGUCCAGGGAACGAUGCGUCUCUAGUUUACAUACACGCGGGGGGGGAGGAUAUCAUCAAAAUUCGGUGCUCAACGUUUGAAAGGCAUUACUACCGCACUUUCAAACUCAACCGAUUGAAUCACGAGAUUGCGUUGAUCAACGCUGGCGUCAAAUAUCCAAUUCCGUAUGAUCCCUCUCAGCAUGGACCACCGGUCAACAUCAACGGUGCAGUCGUAGCGCCUCGCCCAUCAAAUUCUCAGGCUAACUCUUUGACACGACCCAAACGCCCGCCACCUGCUGUCAAGUGUUCUCGGCCAAACCAAGGGCCAACCGCAACCAAACAUAAAAGUGCCGGCAAUGCUGGAUGUGUAUCGGGCUAUUGCAAAUCAUGUUGCACUGCGUUCAGUGCUCCCGGCAGUUGCUACGAACACCGCCCGAAGGGACUCAACAUGGGUCAGCGUCCGGCGCCAUUGAACCCAGCUCAACUACCUCCUGCCCAACCCAUUUUAACCGAGCCCCCACGACCCCGUGGCAUCCCUCCCCCUCAGUGCUCUCAAAGUGUUCGCCGUGUAGGGCGCAUCCUCCCUGAAGAGCACUUCUCGGUGCUGGAAAGAGCGAGACACGCACACGCAGCCAUUUCGCGACAGGCUUCAUGCCCCUCAAUCGACGAAGGGAAGGUUGUUAGCCUUCACUUUGUUACCAAAGAAUCACGAUCACCCGUUAUAUCACAUCUCUUCGAAACUUGGCCAGUCGCUGUGUUGGGCAAAUGUGUUUCCCUGGCUCGUCAGGUCCAAGAAGCUGCAGGGCCUACCUGGGAUGGGAAUGUGCUUGUGUGGGAUGAACUCGUGAGGAAUUGGCGUGAAAUACCGAUGACACUCCCACACCGAUAUAUCACUACUGCACAAAAUCUGGUGGUAUGUAUACCGAGUCAUCGAUCAGAGCUGAAUCAUGACCUUCAAGAAGUUCUAGAAAGUUUGGGACAGGGAAAACCUUUACUGGCCACCAAUCCGGCCACCAACUCAAUUAAUUCAUCACCAACAUCAACGCAAUCAAACAAAUCUCUUGGGAAGACUGCGGUGACUGCUACGUCUGAAGAUGCACACGAUGGUCCAAUGGACGACUCUUCCCCCAUAGACUCCCCUGAACCUGACCUAAUCUCCAAACACCAUGGAUCCGCCGUUCUUAAAGGCUCAACCGCCAAUCCCAUUUGUAUAGAUUUGGACUCAGACUCGGACUGCGACCGCGGAGGUUUAACGGCACCCAAAGGUUUCAUAGAUCCGGGACUACUGACUCCUCCUGAUGACGAGCCCGAUAGGAAGCCCUUGCAAUCCGAGUCGAACAAGACAAAUGCUCCACGACCCCAGCAUUUACAAGAAUGGCCAGGCAAAAAACUCCUUGUCUCUUCACUACUGGAAUGGUACGCCGCGUCUACCACUCGGGGAACCCGGACACCGCAGUGGUUUGAACGUUUUGGAAACGAGUAUGAGUACGAAGAUCAAACGGUCCAUCGCUAUUGGAGAUGGGUGGACAAAGUCACUUAUGAGAGGUUUCAAAAGUGGCAUGAGGAAUGGCCUUUAGUGGGUGAUGUCACUCAGGAAAGCAUUCUUGUUAGUCAAGCACGGCGUGUUUUUCAGCUUGAGUUCAACGCAGUCGCCAGGUUAAAGAAUUCACUGUCAUAUGUGUCAUGCCUGGUCCGUCGUAGCCAUAGAGGACCCCUUGGUUAUGAUAUGAUCAGAUCACGUCUAGACAAAGACGUCCAGCCCGUGAUCCAAAUGGUAUUAAACACAGUGAUUCAUGACCCACCAAGUAGUUCACGAAGCAUCCAGAUGACUGCAACAGAAGACCUUGGAUGGAGGGCUCUGCCUUUCGAUGAUCAUAGUCAACCACAAGACCUAGAGAGUGACUUGGUCUUUGCGCUACUCCCACGUCCAGGUGCUGCGUCACAAUCAGAUGCCCUCGACUACCAAUGGACAUCUAAUUAUGCCCAUGUGGAUGUGGACCAAACCGGUCGAAUUCAUUAUUGGGACGGCCGUACCACCCAUCACGCUAUCAUGCAUUCCCUGAAUCCAGCAAUUGAGAAGAUCGAAUUGAAUGCAUGUGCUCUUGAUGCAAAUCACGAUACUCUAGUGGAUCAUCUUCACUUCGCACAGAUGUUUGUCCAUGCUGCGUGCCUCUUCGACAAAUUCAGAGGAGUCCUUGUAGAAGAAAUAGACUUCACUCCAAAACAAAACAAACGCCUUAAGAACAUGCAUAAUGUGGUCUUGUGUAAGCGGAACGAUGGGGAUAUUGAACCAGUGAAGCGUUGGUUCAAUCUCCGUGAACCACUGGCUGGGACACCAGCUUUCAUAACCUCUGAUUGUCAGUUUGAACCUCGGCAACACGCGAAGGGUUUUGUGGGUGAGAUACUUGCCUGCUUCACUCACUGGAGCUACGAAUACCAUGGAAGGCAUGCCCUGAUAUGUGGCUUCCGUGGGAUUGGUGAUGUGAUCACUGAUCUAACGAUCAUGGAUGAUGAGUACGUCAUCCUUCACAUACGACCUUGGUUUCUCGACAAUACAUUUACAGGUGGUUUGCAAAGCUUCGCAUCGAAACAUCAGUGUUCAAGCCCAUACCAAAAGAAAAUCAUUCAUGACGCACACCAAAAGUGGAAUUUUGCCAACCAAUCUUUCAUUUACAAUUCAAGAUUGUAA